UUAUUCAUAUAAUUUUAAUUUUUUUUUUUUAAAUUUCUUGUCUAACAAUAAUUAUUAAUUAACAAAAAUUAAUAAUCGUUAUAAUAAAUAGUGCAUUAAAAUUAAUUAAAAAAAAAAUGUGAUAAAAAGUGUAAAAACAAAUGGAGAAAAAAAAAGUGAAAAAGAGUCUUGAUCUCUACAUGUAUUCGCAUUGUGUCUUCCCGGUUUACGUUAGCGCACCACAUAUACAACUACAACCGGUGUUGCCUUACGUCAGUGGUGCCGCAAAUAAAAUCUUAAUGAGUAAUGUGCCACCUCACAUCACACUCGACGAUGUCCAACAAUUGCUUUCAAAUUAUGGACAAAUUCAGAACAUUGAAAAAGUUGCAUCGCGCGAUCCAGUCUCGCAAAGUAUUCACGCCGUUUUCGAAACCGUCGAACAAGCACAUCAAGCUGCGAAUCAAUUGAACGGCUAUGAAUUUGAGGGAAAUCCAUUGAAAGUCGAAAUGAUGGGUGCCGAAGGACGACGAAGGGGUCGCAGUCAAAGAAGUGGCGUUGCUUUCUCAGGAAUUCCCGGAUCAGGACGUCAAACAGAUUUUCCAUUAAGAAUUUUGGUUCAAUCGGAUAUGGUUGGAGCUAUUAUCGGUCGUCAGGGCUCGACGAUAAGGCAAAUUACACAAAUGACCCGCGCCCGAGUCGAUGUACACAGAAAGGAUAAUGUCGGUUCAUUGGAGAAGGCAAUCACUAUUUAUGGAAAUCCAGAAAAUUGUACGAACGCUUGCAAAAAAAUUCUCGAAGUUAUGCAACAGGAAGCCACCAAUACCAAUAAAGGUGAAAUCACUCUGAAGAUUCUUGCACACAAUAAUUUGAUUGGUCGCAUCAUUGGAAAAGGAGGAAACACAAUAAAAAGGAUUAUGCAGGAUACGGAUACAAAAAUCACAGUGAGCAGUAUCAAUGAUAUUAACAGCUUCAAUCUUGAGCGUAUCAUCACUGUCAAAGGAUCAAUUGACAAUAUGAGCAAGGCAGAGGCCAUGAUUUCACAAAAAUUGCGUCAAAGUUACGAAAACGAUCUCCAAGCAAUGGCUCCACAAAGUAUGAUGUUCCCGGGUCUUCAUCCAAUGGCAAUGAUGUCAACGGCUGGAAUGGGUUAUAGUUCACGAGGACCAGGACUUUAUGGUUCCGGACCAGCACCAUAUCCUUAUCAAAGUAGUUUACCAACACAACAGGGAGCACCGGCAAGUGGUGACACUCAGGAAACGACAUUUUUAUACAUUCCGAAUAAUAGUGUGGGCGCUAUCAUUGGAACUAAAGGUUCCCACAUUAGAAAUAUUAUCAGGUUUUCCGGUGCAAGCGUUAAAAUUGCACCACUCGAACAGGAUAAGCCAGCUGAACAACAAACGGAAAGAAAAGUCACUAUCGUUGGAUCGCCGGAAUCUCAAUGGAAGGCACAAUAUUUGAUUUUCGAAAAAAUGCGCGAAGAAGGAUUCGUUGCUGGAACAGAAGAUGUAAGAUUGACAAUUGAAAUUCUCGUGCCAAGUGCUCAAGUUGGUAGAAUCAUUGGCAAGGGCGGUCAAAAUGUACGUGAACUUCAACGUGUGACCGGAAGUGUUAUUAAACUAUCGGAACAACAAGCCACACCGCCAGCAGCCGAUGAAGAGACAACUGUUCAUAUUAUUGGUCCCUUCUUCUCCGUUCAAUCGGCUCAGAGAAGAAUUCGUGCGAUGGUCCUGCAACCAGCGGGUCCUGGAACUGGAACUGGCACCGUUGGCACUCGCGCUGGACGUGGUAGCAGCCAGGAAGGUGGAGUUCGUUCCCGAAGAGACGACAGUGCUACAUCACAACCAGGAAGCACGACGCCACAACAAAUUCCAUCUCAACAAUCGAGCUCGCCCACACAACAACAACAAAAUCAGUAACGUUGACGAUGCUCAUCAAAAAGAAAAACAAAAAAAAAAAACUUACGCCAACUUACGCCUCACGAAAUUCCAUUUUACUCUGUCGAGGUGGUCUCGUUGCUCUUCAAAAAAAAAAAACUCUCGUCGUUCCUAACAUCUCCAAAAAAAAAAGUCUCAAAAUGACAAGAACCGUAUUAAAAUUUUUUUUUGUUUUUCCCAAUCGGUUCAGAGACUUAAAAAAAAAUCGCAAGCAAAACUUUUGGAAUUUUUGACAAUUUUCCAAAAAAAUUUUCUCAAAAUCUUGCAAUUUUUUUUUUCUUUUUUUUUACAAUUUAUAAACGACGAAAUUUUUCUGGACGUUUCCAGUUGAAAAAGAAUUGUGAAGAAUUUGAACCACCUCGUUGACAAAAAGUGGAGCAACGACGAAACACACACAACCAUAUUACCUCAUUCAUUACGGUUAAAGAUUUAAAGGAAAAAAAAAAGAAAAUAUGAUGAUAAUGGAAAAGUGAAAUGAGAUAACUGACUAAAGAGAAAAAAAAAGAAGGAAAAAAAAGGAACACUAAUAUUAAAGUUACAAAUAAUAUACAGAGAAGUUAAUUACACAUUUUAUGUUAUAAAAAAACUGGUUAAUACUACAUUACACUAUUACUACUACUAUUAUUGUCGCUACCAUUAAUUAAUUAAUUGGUAGUAUUGUUUUUUUUUUCUUGAAAUAGAUUCAGUUCUUUUUACCGUU